AGAGGAUGACGCUGGUGUGGGCGACCCAGCUCCAGGCAUGGAUCAUCUACCGCUACCUCCACGGCCAUUGCCGCAUCCCGUACUACUAUGUGGUCCCAGCCACUGAUCUGUGGCCGACAUCGCUGCGUGGUGUCGCGCUUGGCAAGUCCUCGUCAGCUACCCGCUACGAUGCGGCCAUGUACGCGCCCGACCGCUUUGCGCAGCUGGACGCGAUGGGCUUUGAAUGGUCGCCGCCGCCAAGGAACAUGCACCGCAGCGUCGUCUACGUCAACGGCGCCGUCAGCGUCCGCCACGUUCCGCUGCCCGCGCUCGUCCGUGCCCUUGAAGUCUUCCGUGAGCGCCACGGCCAUCUCGUCGUGCCCGACGACUUUCUCGUGCCAGAGAACGACGCUGCGUGGCCGCACGAAGCGUCGAAUGUGCUGCUCGCGCGCGCUCCUCAGACGCUCUGCGCUCACUUUUUUGAGCUCUCGGACGCCGAUGUGGCGACGGUGCAUGGCCUCUCGCUCUGCAACGGGCUGCCGCGUUGGGGCGACGCCAAGCAGCUCCUCGCGCUCUACGUCAAGAGCACCGGUGAACACACUGUGCCCAUCGAGUUUGUCGUCCCGGCGGCGGCGCCGUGGCCGCAACGUUUCCAUCACGCGUUGCUUGGCGAGCUCGCCUGGUACCUUGGCCGCAAGCGCCACGUGCUGCCACACGCCAUGCUGCCCGAGCUCGACGCGCUCGGCAUCGUCUUUGAAACCCCGGCGACAUGGGCGGGCAUCGUGCGCGGCCUUCGCAUGCAUGUUGCCAAGGUCGGUGAUGCCGAUGUCCCGAGCGACUUUGUCGUGCCCGACGACUGGGAUCGACCGCUGGUUGGCCUACGCCUCGGCCGCUAUGUGGUCGAGCUUCGAAAGGCUGUGGCGCUACUACUAGUUCCGAAAGAGACGCUAUUGGCGCUCAGCACGCUUGUCGAGCUGCCGCCCGAAGUGACGCCGGCGCUACUGCGCUACGCUCCCCGCCCCGUGUCGCCGUCGCGCAAGCGCCGCCGGGUCGAUCUCCGCGGCAUCGACGACGAGAAGGUCGACGCGCUCGCUCUGUACCGCCACCUCUUUGGCGACCUCGCGGUCCCGCGGGACUUUGUCGUCGACUACUUCGACGAUCGGUGGCCCGCGCCCUUGGGCGGAUGGGCGCUUGGGGCCUACGCCGUGUCGCUAAGGCACCGACGGCACUUGUUGCCGCCGGAGAAGCUUGCGUCGCUCGACGCCCUCGGCUUUCUCUGGCAGCUCAAACCCGGUGCGAUCUCGGUCACAACGUCGCUCUCACGCAAAGUAGCCACGUUCUCCGUGCUCCUGGCCGCGCUACGCGCUUACAAGGCAAAGACGGGCCACGUCAUCGUCCCGCCCGGCUUCAGUGUGCCGUUGCGCGCUCCAUGGCCGUCGGACGCAGCCGGCAUCAACUUGAGGCCUGUCCUGACGCUGCUGCGACACCACUUUUACGACCUGAGCGCCAAUGAAGCGGAGGAUCUCCAUGCACUCGGCAUUUGCUCCGACCUGCCGUCGUGGGCGUCGUUGCUGGAGCUCCUACGAUGCUACACGGCGCAGUUUGGCCACGGCGGCAUCGGCCUCGACUUUAUCGUGCCGUCGACAAGUGCGUGGCCGACGCAGUGGCACAAGGCGCCGCUCGGUGAGAUCGCGUACAGCGUCGGCCUCCUCGUGGCGGGGUUUGCUGCCGACAAGGUGCAGCAGUUGAGCGACACGGGGUUCCUCUUCAACACGCCAGCGACAUGGGCGCGCAUCGUCGACGGGCUGCGGCUGUACCACCGCUUCAACGGCUGCAUCGACGUCCCUCCAGCAUUCGUCGUGCCGUACUAUCCUGCGUGGCCGAUCAACCUUCACGGACUGCCCCUCGGCCGCUUGUAUCACUUCUUUAACGCAGCACAGGCGGUGCAGAUGCUGCCGUCGGCAACGCAGCUGGACGUCGCGGGCUUUGCAAAUGUGGCACCGACACCCGACACGGCGGCGCUGUGGGCAGUCGUUCUCGACGCUCUCUCGACGUUCCGCUCGGUGUUUGGCCACACGGAGGUGCCAAGUGACUUUGCCGUGCCAGCAACCGCGCCAUGGCGACCCGACAGCCACGGGCUGCAGCUCGGUGCCGUCGUUACCUUUCUGAAGACGCGUCGGUCGAUGCAUGCGCAGUACAAGGCGCCGCUGGCCGCGCUCGGUGUCAUGUCGCCCACAACGACGAUCGCAACUGCUUCCGAAACCACAGACGACGUGCCGACUCGCCCACCGUCGUCGUCGCCAGCGGUUGGCGACGAUCGUCCGGUUGGCAUUGCCCCAAGGCAGCCCGAUCCUCCGAUCGCUGCUACCAAACCGGCGCGCUGUCUCUGGAGUCAUACGCUUGCCGACAAGCUGGAAGCGCUCGCUUGGUUUCGCGCCGAGCACGGGCACCUCGUCGCCCCGAAACGGUACGUCGUGCCGAUGUACUACCCGACGCAUCUGCACGGCAUAAGGCUCCACGACGUGGUCGCGUCGUUGCGCGCGGCCACCGAGGGGCUCCCGUCCGAGCUGGAGGCUGCGCUCGACGCGAUCGGCUUUCCCUGGCACCCGACGCCGUCGACGCUGCGCUGUAUAACGCGCCUUCCUGGCGUAACAACCGUCGGAACCCGCUUCGUGCCACUGCACACCGUGUUCCAAGCGCUCUUCGUGUUCCGCCGUCUCUUUGGCCCCGUCGAGAUUCUGCCGGGCUUUCUUGUCCCGGCCAACGACAGCAUUUGGCCGGCGCCGACGCAUCACAUAGACCUCUCGUGCGCCGUCGAUGCCAUUCGAACUCACUUGUACGAACUCCCCGACGCCGACUUUCAGUGGACGCAAACACUCGAGUUGGCGCCCGAUUUGCCAGACUUUGACGGCGUCCUCGGGCUCCUGCGCGUGUACCGCGCCACGUUUGGCACGGGGGCCGUGGCCCGCGACUUUGCCGUGCCAUUGAGUGGUGGCGAUUGGCCGUCGGCGUGGCGCGGCUUGGCGCUCGGUGACCUUGCGUGGCGCAUCGGCUUGAAGACAUGGGCGCUCGAGCCGCGCAAGGUGAAGCUGCUCGACGACACGGGGUUUGUCUUCAACGAUACGGAAACGUGGGCGCGGAUCGUUGCGGGACUGCGACGAUACUGCACCCUCUUUCAUACGACGUCGGUGCCGCCGACGUAUCGUGUGCCGCCGACGGAGGACUGGCCGCCGCAUCUGCACAACAUGGAUCUCGGGCGCUGGGUCGCGACGCUCCUGUCGGCGCGAGAACUGCGGCUGCUGCCGCCGGCGACGCGGUCGACGGUUGAUGCGCUGCUAGAAGCCGCUGCGAAAGAUGAAGUGUCGCCACCACCAGCGUCGUCCGCCACCAUUGCCGAGUGCGGUGCGUCGUUGCCUCGGCCGAUCGUGCUGCCAGAGUCGACGCCGGUUGCUGCAGCUUCGUCCGAAGCUUUUGAACUCGACGACAGCGGUAGCGACAAUGAAGGAGAAUCACGCACUGCUCAAGACGACCAGUGCGAGUGUCUCGUUGCCGCCCCAGUGGUGGAUUGCUUGACCGAUCGUGCCGACUGGGUCAUCUUCACCGGGGCGUUGCAGUCCUUCUUCCGUGACUUCGGACAUGCGGACGUGCCAUUUGACUUUGGCACAGUGGACGGUGUGCCGCUCGGGCACUUGGUGCAGCAGCUGCGCAACGGCGACAUCGUGCUCUCGAGUCCACGCAAGGCCGACCUCCGCCAGCUUCAUUUGCCGUCGUUUAGGUUCUAACACUGUACGAUGACGGUUGUUGUUGAAACUUGA